AUGUUCUGCCUGAAGUUCCCCAUCGGGAUCCACCCGGACUGGAUUCGCCAGCUGGGGAGUGAGGGCCUGGACAGCCUCAAGCGCUCGCUUCUCCAGGUGUUGGCUGUCCGUCUGCACGUGCCGACGCGCACGCCCGAGCAGUCAUAUCGUUUCGAGCGCGCCACGCUCGACGCGGUGACGAGGGUCCUGGCGCUGAUGGACACGACGAACUUCCUGAGUACCAACCGGCAGGAGUGGGAGAGGAUCCUCCGGAACGAGGGCGUCAUGGCGCCCCUGCUGUCGCGCAUCGAGUCCAAGAUGGUGGCGUGGCACGUCAAGAAGAUCCUGUCCGCCUCCAAGGCGGAUGCCGCGGUGGGCAAGAAGCCCACCUGGCGGGCGUGA